CUUUCUCUCCCUCUCAAGCGCCCUCCAUGCAUCUCACCACCCUCUUUCUCGCCCUCUCGGGCUCUGCCAUCCAGCUCAGUGUCGGCCAUGUCGCACACCCGCGGGCUGAUGAUGCGCAGUGCACCAAAACUACCGUGGCCAUUCUGGGAGGUGGAAUGGCCGGUGUUACCGCUGCGCAAGCACUGUCAAAUGCUUCGGUAGCGGACUUUGUCAUUCUCGAGUACAGAGACGUUCUGGGAGGCCGAGUCUGGCACACCGACUUUGGCGAGGACCCGAAUGGGGAUCCGUACGUUAUCGAAUAUGGCGCGAACUGGGUGCAAGGUCUGGGGUCGUCCGAGGUUGAGAACCCUGUUUGGAGACUGGCCAAAAAAUACCAACUCAAAAACACAUACUCCAACUACGACUCAAUUCUCACUUACAACGAAACUGGGUAUACGGAUUACACAGACGUCCUCGACACCUAUGCAGAGCUGUCUGAGAAUGCGUCUGAAACGGCGGGGCAGAUUCUCAACGAGAACAUCCAGGACAUGACUGCCCGAUCUGGCCUGGCACUGGCUGGCUGGAGACCCCACAAAGAUGACAUGAAAGCACAGGCAGUCGAAUGGUGGAACUGGGAUUGGGAGGCCGCCUCCUCCCCAGACACGAGCUCGUUUGUCUUCGGCGUCGCCGGAGAGAACCUGACAUUCAACCAGUUCGGCGACAGAAACAACCUCGUCAUAGACAAGCGUGGGUACAGCGCCAUUAUCCAAGGCGAGGCAGACACCUUCCUUAAACCGAAUGACCCCCGAGUCCGUCUCAACACCCAGGUCACCGACAUCGAGCAUAGCUCUGACGGCGUGAUCGUCCGUAACAGCGAUGGCAGUUGCAUCAGCGCCGCCUACGCCAUCUGCACGUUCUCAGUCGGCGUGCUGCAGAACAGCGACGUCGAUUUCGCCCCCGCCCUCCCGGAUUGGAAGCAAACGGCAAUCGAGAAAUUCGCCAUGGGCACAUACACCAAGAUCUUCAUGCAGUUCAACGAGACCUUCUGGCCCGAGGACACACAGUACUUUCUCUACGCCGACCCCGCGACCCGCGGGUACUACCCCGUCUUCCAGUCCAUGUCAACCGAGGGCUUCCUCCCAGGCUCAAACAUCAUCUUCGUCACCGUCGUCGAGAGCCAAGCGUACCGCGCUGAGCUGCAAUCAGACGAAGAGACCAAGGAACAAAUCCUCGAAGUCCUCCGCGACAUGUUCCCUGAUAAGGAAAUCCCUGACCCCAUCGCUUUUGCCUACCCGCGUUGGUCGAGUGAGCCCUGGGCAUACGGCAGCUACUCGAACUGGCCAGUUGGUACCUCAUUGGAGAUGCACCAGAAUCUGCGUGCGAAUGUGGACCGCCUCUGGUUCGCCGGCGAAGCAACCAGCGCACAGUACUUUGGGUUCCUGCACGGAGCGUGGUAUGAAGGGCGCGAGGCAGGCCAGAAUGUAGCGGCCUUGCUAAAGGAUGAGUGUGUCAGCCUCUAUGGGACUGAAACUUGUGGGGACAGGACGCACUAUGAUGUGCUGCAUGGGACGAGCCCGGUCAAAUCAUAUACCGUCGAGAAUGGGUGGCCAGUGAACAGUACCGAUUUGUAGCGGUGUUGAUAUGGCCUCGACUUCACUGGGUAAAAUCUCCAACUUUUGCUGUAUCGUGAGUUAUAUGAUUUGUCUUGGUUAAGGCUAUGUACUUCCGAGAGCAGAACAUAUAUAGCAACAUAACGAUUGACCCAAACAACCACCACGCCAAUGAAAUGCCCUACCUUGAAAACUGGGCACUUACACUGCCAUAGUUUUCACUAUAAAACACCACUGCAUCUCUUGAAUACAGGUAAAUCAAUUAUCAAGUGCGAGAUAAAGAUUUAAGCUGGGUGUUUGAGCAGAGUAUGCCAAAGACAUUAAUUUUCUGGCAAUUAAUUACCCCUCUAGCUUAUGUACGCAAAUAGGAUCAUAAAUCCCUUAACUCCGGCCGGGUGGCCUAAUGGUAAGGCGCC